AUGUUUAGUGUGAACCAAUCAAAAGAUGAUGAUAAAGACACAGACAGUGUAAUUGACAGAAUGGAGAGAAAAACAGAGACUCUAAAACAGUUGGUUUCAGUGCUUUCUGAACAAGGACUUGUGUUAUCUGUUAAAGUCUUUGCUGAUUGGUUGAUAGCAAACCCAUAUAUCAUUGACACCUGUGCACAAAGUUCUCAGUCAUUGUGGUCCAGACUGUCUGUAUUUUUAAAUCAUCUUCCUGAAGAAACACAAAUUAACAAUGAAGACAUCUGUGAAAGUUGUGAAGCUAUAUCUAUCGUCAAUAGUGCCAUUCAAUACAAUGAUUGGCACCAAACAGUGCCACUAACUGAGGAUUAUGCUUUGUAUAAACUACCAUCUCUUCAACAAGCGCAUCAACAUCUGGAAUAUAACCAUUCGGAAUCUGCUAUGCUGUCAAAAAAAGAUGAGGCGCUUGUUAGAGGUACCUUUCUUCGCCAGUUUGGUUAUCAUCUUGCAAAUUUAACUUCAUCAGUACUGGUUUAUGACCAGGAAAAGUGCUUGUUUCUUGUUUCAUCCCAAGUAACAUUGAACCCUGAUAAACCACCAGCAGAAGAUGAGAAAGCAUCCCUUGCAACAUGGGCUGAAACACAAAUGAAGAUGGCUGAAGAAGAGACUCGUCGUAAUCAACUCAUGAAGGAUAUGGCUCAGUUACGCUUGCAGUCAGAAGUGAAACAACUUGAAGGAAGUCUGGAACCAAAGAACCAGUCCAACUUAUCACCAUAUUUGGUACCAGACACCAGAGUGCUGACCCACCAUCUUAAUAUUAUUAAACAGUUUGCUGCCUGCGCCAGAUUUAUUAUUAUUAUACCACGAGUUGGUAAGUUGAACGCAGAGUACAUAAUCAGAGAUGAAUGA